AUGUGUGUCUGCCUACUUCUUCCGACCGACGGUCAUUGGCUGGUGGACGCGGCCUGGCCCGCCGCGGCCUGGCCCUGCUCUGAGCGGGUCGGGUUUCGUCUCCCUCCCGCCCGCGCCGGCCCUCCUUUCUGCUCCCGCGCCCUGCGGCUUCAUUCGCGUUUCGUGUGUCCCACUAGUGCCACAUCGCUGGAGCAGUCCAUCUGCCCAUCCGCCGACGACAACAAUGGAUGCCCCCUUUCCCCAAAUCUCAAAACAACACAUGACAACCUGACCGCACCUCCAGGUGCGUCCUUCCCAUGCGUGCUGCGACUGCUCUGA